CUACAACUUUGCCAUCAACAAUGUCCACACAGAAAAAAAUAUCAUCUUCCAGAGUGGUGUAGCAGAAGAAACAGAGGAAACUGAUAAUGGUGGUGGUGUUAGGCUUACAGUCUCUUAAAUGGUACACACAUGGAAGAAUCAUGGAGACAAAGAAGAAGAGACAUUUGAUGCGUAUUGUCCAAGCCACUGAAAGAGAAGAUUCAUUCCAAAUCGAUAGAGAUAAAGCUAGAGAAGCUCUGAAACAGCUUGAUCAACAAAUAGAAUCUCAAGCUGAUGAGAAACCAAGAAUCAUCAACAAGACAUCAUCAGAUGUGGUCAGAACCAACAAUGAUCCAAUCAUGUUUGAAGAACCACCUGAGAUCUCCGGAUCGUUCCUCACAAGUUCAGCUUUUGUUCUCUUAGCUCUUACCUUGUUCUACAACAUUUUGUUCAUUACAGUGAUAAAACCAUCCAUGGAUGGACCAGAAUCAGUUCCAGAAGAAAACAGUGUUGCUAUGUCUGAUUCUGACAUUGUUAAGUUUCCACUUUCAUCUUUGCCUGAAAACACUUUCAAACAGUAGAAAUCUUAGUGUAUCUCGUGUAUAUUACAUCUUCACUGUUUUCAAUACUGAAAUGUUCACACAAAUGAAACUGAUAGUAAAAACAAAAUUGGAACUUUGUCUUCAGUGCAAAAGAGACAUUGUUUGCUUCUCGAGCUGCAGUAACCUAAAUGAAGUAUCUUUAUCCAACCUCAAUCCAGCAUCUUCAACCUCCUUACAUAUCUCUUUACACUUUGUCAAUCGCCCUGAAGCGGUAUAAACGCUAAUCAUAUCGCGAUAAAUAUCAUACGUUGGCGAGAAUCCAGCUUCCUUGAGUUUAGAGUAAUACCUCAUUGCUCUUCCCAAAUCAUCCAAUGCUACAAAUAGUUUAAUGACUACUCUAUAAGCUGGAAGAUCA